AUGUCUAAAUCAGACAAGAUCACCGACUCGAGGUUCUCGAAUUUCGAGACCGACCCCCGGUUUCGUCUUCCCUCCAAGAAGAAGACCAAGACCACAAUCGACAAGCGAUUCUCACGCAUGCUCAAGGAUGAUGAGUUCACCGCCACAGCAAAAGUCGAUCGAUACGGCAGGAAGUUGAAGUCCGACUCGAAGAAGAAGGCUCUGCAGAGACUGUACGAAGAGGAGGGCGAAGAGGACAAGGAAGACAAAGAGGAAGACGAGGACACCCCUGAGGUUGAGGACGACGAUGUGGUCGAACGCGAGCUCAAGGCUGCCGACGCCAAUUACGAUCCCGCACGUGGCGGAGGCUUCUCUUCCUCUGAUGAGGAUUCGGAUUCGGACGAGGAGCAGGAAGAAGAGGAUGACGCUGCGGCCGAGGCCGGUGGCUCCAUGCAGCGCCUUCGCGACGAGCAGGCUGCUGUCGAGGAAGGCGAGGUCACGAACCGUAUCGCCGUCGUUAACCUUGACUGGGACCACAUCAAGUCGCAAGACCUAAUGGCUCUCUUCAGCAGCUUCCUGCCCACGACUGGCGGCAGGAUAGAAAAGGUGACCGUCUACCCCAGCGAGUUCGGCAAAGAGCGCAUGCAGCGCGAGGAGCUCGAAGGACCUCCGAAGGAGAUUUUCAAGGCCACAAAGCAAAGCGAGCCCGAAGAUGACGACUCGGACGAUUCAGAGGACGACAGCGACGCUUCAAGCGACGCGGACGCGGACGAGAAGAUCAAAAACGAGAUCAUCGAGGAGGGCGACGACCAGGACUUUGACGGCGACGCGCUGCGAUCAUACCAACUCGACCGCCUGCGCUACUACUACGCCAUCAUGACGUGUUCCGACAAGGCCAUCGCGAAGAAGAUUUACGAAGCCACCGACGGCACCGAAUACCAGUCCUCCUCCAACUUUAUCGACCUGCGCUUUGUGCCCGACGAUGUCGAUUUCGACGACGAGCCCCGCGAUGAGUGCACCAAGGUGCCCGAGGGCUACAAGCCGAUCGAAUUUGUCACGGAUGCGCUGCAGCACAGCAAGGUCAAGCUCACCUGGGAUCUCCACCCGGAGGAGCUCGCGAGAAAAGACUCGAUCAACAAGGCGUUUAGCGGCAGCAGGAACGAGCUCGAGGAGAACGACCUCAAGGCCUACCUUGCCAGCGACAGCGAAGACGACCAGGACCUCGACAGCGAGCCAGAGAACGCAGACGAGCCCAAGCUUUCCAAGAAGGAGCUGGCACGGCAAAAGAUGAGGGAGGCGCUCGGUCUCGGUGACGAGACGGCAGGCAAGUCCAAAGGCGGCCCUGUCGGCGACAUGGAGAUCACGUUUGCGCCAGCUCUCACGGAGAAGCAAAAGAACAAGGUUCCCGAGGAGGAGGAGACGACGAUUGAGAAGUACGCCCGCAAAGAACGCGAGCGCAAGGAGAGUAAACGCCUGGCAGCGAGGGCAAGACGUGAAGGUCGCGACCCAGAUGCCGAGUCUUCUUCUUCUGAAGAGGAAGCGGAGCCGGAGGAGGACCUGGGCUUCGACGACCCCUUCUUCGCGGCGGAAGAGACAUCCAAGAAGACCAAGACGUCCAUCCGCAAGGAAGAGCGUCUGGCCAAGAGAGCGGCGCGGGAAGCCGAGGAGAAGGAGAAGGCAGAGUCGAAGGCGCAGCUGGAGCUUCUCAUGGCAGGUGAUGGUGAGGAUGAUGGUGACCACUUGGAUCACUUUGACAUGAACGAAAUCACGCGAGCCGAGAAGCAGAGCAAGAAGAAGUACAAGAAGAAGGGCAAGAAGAAGGAAGUCGAGCGGGCCGGUCUACAGGAGGGCUUCAAGAUGGAUGUUGGUGACGACCGUUUCAAGGCUGUCUUUGAGAGCCAUGAGUAUGCCAUCGACCCGUCGAAUCCCAAGUAUAAGGCCACAGAGGGCAUGCAGCAACUGCUAGAAGAGGGCCGCAAGAAGAGGAAGAAUGGCGGUGAUGCAGCGCCCGACGAACGCCAGGUCAAGAAGGUGAAGAAGGCCAAGAAGAGUGGCGAGGAACUCGGUGGUCUUGUAGAGGCGGUGAAGCGCAAAUCAGCCGGCAAGCCGAAGAAGAGGUAA